GCGGUGAGCUGUUAGUAGUGCGAUACAGCUGCAAGUGGCCGAAACUAGCCUCAGGAUAGCGGUAAACAAACGGCCGAGAACGAUCGCAUUGGUCCUUUUGAGAUGCCUAGCCGGGCUAAACGCCAUCUUUGUAACGUCACAUUCACUGCACCGUUAGGGAGCUUGAAUCUGCACGCGCUGGCCCAGGAUUUGCCACACGUUGUUCCGCGAGCACAGACGUCGAGAUAUAAACGUAGACCUCCCCCAGUUUGCAGGAAUAGAAAAGAGAGAGCAGGUUUCACCGGACGAAGAGACCCAGAGGGAACAGUAGAGGAGCCAGGAAACUAGCGUCUCAUCUCACCAGACACAACGGCGGACGAGCCUGUACAAGAUGCACAACCUUUUCACUCUCACGGCUGCCGCGGCCAGUCUCUUCGCGGCAGCCUCGGCCAUCAAAGUGCCCAGCGUCAAUGUGCCCUCUUGUCCUCGUGUGGGCAGCAUCAGCUACAGCAAGUCGGUCCCUGAUCUGACUCCCUUCCCGCGCACGCAAGUCGAUCUCUGCUACACAGACACCAGCCUCGAGCUCAAGUUCAUCGCAUACGACGAGGUCAACUACUUCUUCAACGCGUCGCAGGGCACCAAUGACGACAUUUGGGAAUACGAGGUCAUGGAGGCCUUCCUCUUCAAGGGCACUGAGGAUCCACAGACUUACGUUGAAUUGGAAGUGAAUCCCAAUAACGUGACCUACCAGGCCUUUGUCUAUAACCCAUCAAAGAACCGCACUGCCGGCGCACCCUUUGACCAUUUCUUCGUCUCGGAUCCCGCAGCUGAUGGCUUCAGCGCAACAACUGUGCUCAACAAGCCGGCCAAGACGUGGAAGAGCAGCGUCACCGUCCCUCUGGGCAUAUUCAAUGUAGACGACUGCAAGGCCAAGGGCACACAGUGGAGGAUGAAUUUCUUUCGAACCGUCGUGUCGAAGGACAGCUAUCCUUCGCAAACCCUUGGUGCUUGGUCGCCUCCCAACGAGGCGAGCUUUCACAUCACCAAGUAUUUUGGCCAUGUGAACUUUGUAUAAGCUCCAGGAUCGGGCACAGGUAUAUGAGCAUGAAUACGAAUAGAUAUCGCGUACCUAUAAUGAAUGUUGCUUGCCAUCCGUG